CAUCGUCUUCUCCGAUCUCUGGAUCUAGGGUUUUUGUUUCUUGUCUCUCCUCUCUUCGUCUUCUUCACUGUUACGGCUUAUAGCAGAACUCGUCUGGUUCCGAGAGUUUUAGGGUUUCUGAAAAUUAUCUCUCUCUAGAGAUUCAAAGAUCUUAACUUUCUUCGAUAACUCCAGUGAUCUCUGAGAUUUUGAGUUUCUGGGUUUGUUCGUAUCGAUCAGAAUCAAUCAGGGCAAGAUUAAAGUCGAUAAAUUUGAAGAAGAUGCAACAAAACCAAGUGAAGAAGGACGCGAAAGAGAUGGACUUUUUCACAGAGUACGGCGACGCCAACCGAUACCAAAUCCUCGAAGUGAUCGGCAAAGGAAGCUACGGGGUCGUAUGCGCAGCCGUCGACACGCACACGGGAGAGAAAGUCGCUAUCAAGAAGAUCAACAACGUCUUCGAACACAUCUCCGACGCGCUCCGGAUGCUCCGCGAGGUGAAGCUUCUGAGGCUCCUGAGGCAUCCUGAUAUAGUGGAGAUCAAAAGCAUCUUGCUCCCGCCUUCCAAAAGGGAGUUCAGAGACAUCUACGUCGUGUUCGAGCUCAUGGAGUCUGAUCUUCAUCAGGUUAUUAAGGCGAACGAUGAUUUGACUAAGGAGCAUCAUCAGUUUUUUCUUUAUCAGAUGCUCCGUGCCUUGAAGUUCAUGCACACAGCUAAUGUGUAUCAUCGUGAUCUUAAGCCGAAGAAUAUACUGGCUAAUGCGAACUGCAAGUUGAAAGUUUGUGACUUUGGAUUGGCUAGAGUGGCGUUUAAUGAUACUCCAACCACAGUCUUUUGGACGGACUAUGUUGCAACAAGAUGGUACAGAGCGCCUGAGCUCUGUGGAUCAUUCUUUUCUAAGUACACUCCAGCUAUAGACAUAUGGAGCAUUGGGUGCAUAUUUGCAGAGGUGCUAACAGGGAAGCCAUUGUUUCCUGGGAAAAGCGUUGCUCAUCAGUUGGAGUUGAUUACUGAUCUUCUUGGCUCACCAAAGUCAGAAACCAUCUCUGGAGUACGAAAUGAUAAAGCUAGAAAAUACUUGAGUGAAAUGAGGAAGAAAGAUCCAGUCACCUUCUCUCAAAAAUUCUCCAAAGCAGAUCCUUUAGCUGUCAGACUUUUGCAGAGGCUGUUGGCUUUUGAUCCAAAGGACAGACCUACUGCUGCAGAGGCACUGGCUGAUCCUUACUUUAAGGGUCUUUCUAAAGUGGAAAGAGAACCAUCGUGUCAGCCAAUCUCGAAGAUGGAGUUUGAGUUUGAGAGAAGAAGGUUGACAAAGGAUGACAUUAGGGAACUUAUUUACAGGGAGAUAUUAGAGUACCAUCCUCAGUUGCUCAAGGACUACAUGAGCGGAUCUGAGGGAUCAAGUUUUGUAUAUCCUAGCGCCAUAGGACAUCUUAGGAAGCAGUUCAAUUACUUAGAGGAGAAUAGCAGUAGGAAUGGGCCGGUCAUACCUCCUGAGAGGAAGCACGUAUCACUUCCUCGGUCUGCAGUACACUCAAGUGCAGUCCAUUCCACUAGUCAACCCAACUUGUGUGCUACGGAGAGUAGACGUGUUCAUUUCGAGCAGCCUUCAAGAAAUGGAGCAGUUUCUUCAACUAGAGCUUUAGGACCUCCACCAAGAGUACCACCAUCAUCUGGUAGAUCAGGUCGUGUUGUGGAACCAUCUGCAUCUUAUGAGAAUGGGAGGAACCUCAAAGAAGCUUAUUUCAGAAGCACAGUAUCGUCUCAGCCAAAACCUCAAAAGUUCGUCCACCAAUACAGUCCCACCGUGCCGCCACCAGCUGCUAGGACUAACCAACCAAACGUCGAGAUUGUGAACCGACCAAACCCUUAUUUCCAGUCACAGCUCCCCAAGACAGAUCAAUCAAGCAACAACACACAAAUGGCCAUUGAUGCUACCCUGUUGCAAGCACAAUCACAGUUUGGUCCAGCUGGAGCCGCAGCGGUUGCAGUGGCAGCACAUCGAAACGUAGGCACAGUUAGUUACGGCGCAGCAGCGUCUUAGAUUCAUCAAGCAAACAGCAUUUGAGACAUUAGCUUUUUAUGUAAAGUAUUGUUUCAGGCAGGCUCUGAUUUAAUUGCAGUGGUGUAAUAAAAGACAUUCAGAUAUAGUAGUAACUCACAAAGAACAAGAUACGGUUUAGAUCAGUCGGAUCCAGGGUUGUUACCGGUUAUCAUUUCGGUUAUCUGGUUGGCUCCGUAGUCUUUGAAUUUGUUAUAAGCGUAGUUCAUUGAAGAGAAGAAGAUUGUUGUGAUUA